AUGGCUAUUCCCCACAGGAACCAUUCCACGAGACCAACGAUCAGGAUCGUCACGAGCGAGGCCACCGACGAGAACACCGGCGACGUGAGCGCCAUCAAGGCCAGAAACGAGACGCUGAAGAUCAGGUUCGAGAACGUUGACAGGAAGAUGUACAGCCACUGUUUGCUGGACGUUGGGAACUGGAACCUGUGCCAGCCCAGAAUCUGCACCACCGCCAUCGGCACGAUCACCACAAACACGGUGUUGAUGCCGAUCAGGCACAUUGAAAAGUUCGAGAACGUGGCCUGGCGUCUUGCGCUCACCUCGUUCGACGGUGGACAGCACAUUUUUUUGUACAGCACCUCGUAA